AAGCGAGAAGCCAACUAAAUGGGGCCAAAGAACGACUCACAAGUUUCACAUUUUCUCCUUCUUGGAAUUUCAAAGAAUCUAAGACUGCAGCCUUUUUUAUUUGUGCUGUUCCUGACAAUGUACUUGAUCACCAUGCUCGGGAACCUACUCAUCAUCUUGGCAACGAUUUUAGGCCCCCACCUGCAUACACCCAUGUAUUUCUUCCUCUCCAACCUUUCUUUUGUGGAUGUCUGCUUCACUUCUACAACCGUCCCAAAGAUGUUGGUGAAUAUAUACACACAAAGUAACAUCAUCAUGUAUAGGAACUGCAUUGCCCAAAUGCAUUUCUUUAUACUCUUUUCAGGGUUGGAAAUCUUUCUGCUGGCUUUGAUGGCCUAUGACAGGUAUGUGGCCAUCUGUCACCCUCUGCAUUAUACUGUCAUCAUGAACCCUCGACUCUGUGUGCUGAUGGUCCUAGCAUCCUGGAUCAUGAAUAUCCUUCAUUCCACAACACAAAGCUUAAUGACAUUGCGAUUGUCCUUCUGUGCAGACCUGGAAAUCCCACACUUUUUCUGUGAACUUAAUCAAGUAGUACACCACGCUUGCUCUGACACCCUUCCAAAUGAUGUGGUUAUCUAUUUUGCAGCUGUGCUGUGGGCUUGCUGUCCCCUGAUGGGCAUCCUUUACUCUUAUUCUAAGAUAGUUUCAACCAUACGUGCAAUCACAUCACUGCAAGGGAAGUACAAAGCAUUUUCCACCUGUGCAUCUCACCUAUCAGUUGUCUCUUUAUUCUAUUGCACAGGCCUGGGUGUUUACCUCAGUUCUGCUUCAAUGGAAAACUCACAGUCAACUGCAAGAGCCUCAGUGAUGUACAGUGUGGUCACCCCUAUGCUGAACCCCUUCAUCUACAGCCUUAGGAAUAAAGAUAUAAAGAGAGCACUGAGAAACAUGUUGGGAUGGAAGUAA